AGGGGUGCUGUUUGUGGUCUGUCCCAUACUCAGGCUCCCGAGGGUUUGUCUCAGUCAAACCCUGGUUCCUGUUGUUCUGUAGGAUUCCUUUUGCAGUCUGUGCUUUGCCAAGUUAGACUGAGAGUGGCACUGUUCACCAACGCACUGAAUCCAGGGGGUCCCUCUGGAGCAGCAUUAACAGCAGCAGCAGAGAGUCGCUCAGCCCAGCCCAGCUCACUCUCCAUCUCCCUUUAACCACAGAUCACACACAUCACUCAGUAUCUCUCUCCGACUCUCAUCAGCUUAUCCUGCUGCCAGUAAACAGCACAGACAGACACACACAGCCUCUGCGUAACACCAAGAGAUACGUCUACAAACGAACCAAGUCGCUGUUGGAGCCCCUCGUCCUAUUCCUUCCCUGACAAUAAUUGUUACCUUCUCCUUGGAGAUGAAGUGAAGAGUUUGCGGAUGGUGACAGAUUGGGAAAAGUUUGAAGAGUGUUUGUUUUGCAAAGUCACUAUCCCCUCCUCCCAGGGACUGAGGAGGGGGAAAGCUGUCCUCAGGUUAAUGAGACACAAGGACACUGAGGAAGUGAAGAGAGAGACCAACGUUGCUGAUAAUCUUUAGCUUUGAAGACCACCACAGGAUGCUGCUGCUGCUGCUGCUGCUGCUGGGAGGAUUUAAAAUCAAGGAGGGUCACUGAUGCCUUUGUGUUUAGAGCAAGAAACAAGGAUGAAUGGGAGCUACUUCCAAAACGUGGACAAGUGGCUAAUCCUGCUGACUGUGUGCCUGAUAACAAUCUGGGGACGGGUAAGCCUGGCCUCAACUCAUCAUCGGAGCCACUCAGUGGUCCAUGUUAAAGCAGGCACAUGUGAAGUGAUCGCUGCUCAUCGCUGCUGUAACAAGAACAAGAUUGAGGAACGCUCACAGACUGUCAAGUGCUCCUGUUUCCCCGGGCAAGUGGCUGGGACAACACGAGCAGCUCCAUCCUGCGUUGACGCCUCGAUUGUGGUUCAGAAAUGGUGGUGUCACAUGGAACCGUGUUUGGAAGGUGAGGAGUGUAAGGUUCUCCCAGAUCUGAGUGGCUGGAGCUGUAGCACCGGAAACAAAGUCAAAACCACCAAGGUCACUCGAUAGUCCUUUGGGAAUACGGGAGGCAGUGUUUUAUUUUUUAAAAGCUGAAAAGUGUUCCAUCUUUCAAUGAGGGCUCCACAGAUGGGACUGGUUAACCUGACUUAUAGUUUGUUCCCAAGCAGCUACUUAUGUCUGAAUGGGAAUCUCCUCCGCUCCCAAAGAAACGUCAGAAAUAACAAAGACAUCCAAGGCACCACAAGGGAGAGAAGCAUACAACCGAAGGACCCUGGUAAUGGGUGAGCGUUGGGAUGUCUACGAUGGAUUCCUCUGGGUCAUACCUGCUGGGGUCAAUGGACACAGGGUUCAGGGAAAGUUCCACCUUCUUCCAGUUCAAUCAACCUGACUUGAGAGGGAGACCUACCCACCCCCUCCACCAUUGUCAAAAAAGCGCAGUACUCUCCUCUCCCAUCGCCCUGCCCUACGUCUCCGAUGCAUCUCAGCUCACACUGAUCCUUGUGUUCUGAUGUUAAGCAGUCUUCAAAAGGAAACUUGAUCUGAAUCUCUCCGGUGAAAACUUUGUUUUUUUUUGCCUCUUCCCAUCCAAUUCCAGUCAGCGAACACAGUCUUUCGGGUUCAAGCCGCUUUAAGUGGGAGUCUCCCUGGAGGUGUCCCUAACCACCAUGGCUGAGGGGGGCAACAUUUUUUCAAUGUGCAGGCUGCGUGGAUGUGAUAGCAAAUGCUGAAACUCCUGGUCUUGCUGGAGUUAUGCCGAUCACCAACACCAUUACACAGAAAGGUGACUUAACAAUUCCAUGCUGUCUACACCUGACUGAGUCCAACUCACUGCUCCCUCACAAGGCUUAUUGAGCAGUGGGGGGAGUUGUUCCUGCUGCUGUCCACUUCCAGGAAUCUACUUGGAUCAGAAGCCCUAGCCUCUUCCUUCAAUUACUCCAUCUUUCACACACACUGCAGCAAUGCUCAGCCGUAAUUUUAUCAGGGGCCUUCCUGAUUGGCUCUUUGUGACUCUGUAGCCAAGAUUGAGUAGUGAAAAUUAAUCGGAUCUUAUGACCUUCUGUAAUCCCCUCAGUUAGAUUGUAUCAUAUCUGUACAAAUUCAGAGUUAAUACAUGUUUGUGUCUGAUAAAGAUAAUGCCUUGUGUGUUUUCACUU